UCCAGCUUGGUGCCCACGCUGUGUGUCCUGUGUAUAAUUAUGUUUGCAUUUCCUUAUAGCUUUUUGUCUUGUCUUUCAGGGAGGGAGUUGCUUUCCGGUAGUAGUAAAGGAACGUGAUGCUGAAUGAGGACGCGCCAACAGCAUCCUCGAUAGUUGGAACCUGACUCUGCUUAAUGUUGGUUUCUUUGUCAUCAGGUCUGCUAAAAAAUGACAGAAUAUAAACUUGUUGUCGUUGGAGCUGGUGGUGUAGGCAAGAGCGCCUUGACAAUACAGCUAAUUCAGAAUCACUUUGUGGAUGAAUAUGAUCCUACAAUAGAGGAUUCCUACAGGAAGCAAGUAGUAAUCGAUGGAGAAACCUGUCUCUUGGAUAUUCUUGAUACAGCAGGUCAAGAAGAAUACAGUGCAAUGAGGGACCAAUAUAUGAGAACAGGAGAAGGCUUCCUGUGUGUAUUUGCUAUAAACAAUACAAAGUCUUUUGAAGAUAUUCACCAUUAUAGGGAACAAAUAAAGAGAGUUAAGGACUCUGAAGACGUCCCAAUGGUGCUAGUAGGAAACAAAUGUGAUUUGCCUUCCAGAACAGUAGACACAAAACAAGCUCAGGAUUUAGCAAGAAGUUACGGAAUUCCUUUCAUUGAAACAUCAGCAAAGACAAGACAGGGUGUCGACGACGCCUUCUACACGUUAGUCCGAGAAAUCAGGAAACACAAAGAGAAGAUGAGCAAAGAUGGGAAAAAGAAGAAAAAGAAGACAAAGACAAAGUGUAUAAUUAUGUAAAUACAGUUUAUCCUUAUUCUUAAGAAGUACUUAAGUAAUUUUUGUACAUUACACUAAAUUAUUAGCAUUUGUUUUAGCAUUACUUUACUUUCUGCUUCAUGAUCCUGUUAGCUUUACCUGAAUGCUUGUUUUAAAUGACAGUGGAAACUUCAUUCCUCUUAAAGUGCCAGUAUUCUUUGACUGUUUGGUUCUUGAACUAGCAAUGCCUGUGAAGAAAACAAACAAACAAAAACCUGAGAACUGUCUUAGGACUCUUUGGUGCAUGCACAGUUGCUAACUUCCUAUUUUUCUUACUGAUUGUGAACUUCUCUUCUGUGUGCAAACCAAACAAUGAAAUGAUGCUCUACACAUUCUAACAUCCCCUUUCAUUUUUUUUUUUUGGGGUUUUAAAUCUGGUUGGGAAAAAGGACUAGUUAGCAAAAGAGACUUUCAUUUCAGCCUUUCUUUUAUUUCAGACUGACUGCAAUAUAGAGAGACCAGAAGCCUUUAUAGUCUUCCUGUAGAUUUUGCUU